UCCUCCUCCUCUCCUCCUCCUCCUCCUCCUCCUUCUCGCGCAUUCAGCACCACGGACGACCGAACAGCGCGCGAGCACCGGCGGAUACGGAAAUAUGCGCUAAUAAGAGGAAAGAAGAGGAAUCACGCUCUGUUUUAGACGUUUCCACACCUAUUUUCCCCACAUGCAAGGCGUAUAAGUUGCUCGUAAGCUCUAUGUAGGUGCAUGAUGAUGCUAUGAUGAUGAUGAUGAUGAUGAUGAUGAUGAUGAUAACGGACGCUUUAUUUUCUUCACGCCCCAAUCCACCGUGCAACCGGAUCGUUACACGGGGCUCGACAGCAUCACCGUGAAUCCGCUGCGGUCUCCUGCUUCACCGCCAUCAGAGGAGAUGAAACCGGCCACGACUGCAGGUUUGAAGCCCGAAACCGUCAAAGCAGCGCCUUGUGCCGCGGUCUCCGGUUAGUGACAUGAAAACGCGGACUAGAAAGAAGGAAGAGGGCUGAAAAUAAAAGGGGGACACCUUUCCUGUGGACCAGAAAACACGUUCAGAGAUCAGUCAUGUGCAUUGCCAUCUUUCAAAAAUAUGAUGUAAGGAGGCUUUGAAGAUAUAGAUACAUCUGGAUGAAAAUGAUUUGCAUUGGUUGGAUUGUGUGAAUGCUGAGAAUCAUUUCAUUACCUGCAACAUACACACACCUUGUCAUCUUGGAUUAUUAGCAUUUGAAAAAUAUCUUUAAAAAAUAUAUAUAUAUCAAGAUUCUGAUCAAAAGUCCAGCAUUGUGGCACCAAACAUACAGGAACGGAGAGCAGGAGGAACCAGGAGGUUCUGGAGAAGAUCCAAACACACCACUACUGUCAUCGAUCAUCUGUGGAGUUUGUUUAGCAUUUUCUGCAGGUUUCCACCCAACUGAGCUUGGCGAAUUAGAACCAGUGUGAAGUUGAGUUGAGUGCUACAAGGGGUUGGAAUGCUCUGAGACGUAAGGUAAUGGAAGUGGUCUUCUACACACCACUGUGCACGCUGCUUUGUGAUUAUCUUCCACUAUGAACUGUCGUGUCCUAGGAGAAACCUCGUGUCUGUGAUCAUUCCAACUGUAACUAACCCACACUGAUGCGAAUUCUUUGGUCGAGCUCAAAGCGCGCCUCUCUACCAUGGGCUGCGUCCAGAGCUUCAGCUGCAAGUCGCGUGUCAAACGCGAGAACAUCACCGUGUGCGACAUGUCGGCCACUAUUGACCAGUGCCCGACGGUGAUCGAGGAGAACUCGCCUAUAGUGCUGCGCUACAGGACGCCGUACUUCAAGGCCUCGGCCCGCGUGGUCAUGCCGCCCAUCCCUCGCCAUGAGACCUGGGUGGUUGGAUGGAUCCAGGCUUGCACUCAGAUGGAAUUCUACAACACCUAUGGAGACAUUGGCAUGUCGAGUUGGGAGCUCCCGGAGCUGAGGGAUGGCAUGGUGAGUGCGAUCAGUGACUCGGAUGGUGUGAGCUACCCAUGGUACGGCAACACCACAGAGACAGUAACCAUCUCAGGCCCGACAUCCAAACCUUCACGCCUCAUCGUCAGCAUGAACGACAACUUCUACCCUAGUGUGACGUGGGCAGUGCCAGUGAGCGAGAACAACACGCCGCUUCUCACGCACAUCACUCGUGACCAGAGCUUCACCACGUGGCUGGUGGCACUCAAUGUCGGCACAUGCGAGAAGAUCCUGCUGCAAACCAUCAAGUGGAGAAUGAAAGUGGACAUCGCCGUUGAUCCCAUGAUGCCUCUGGGCACCAGGGCCAGGCUGGUUGGGCCUCUUCACCAGGACCAGCCCAAAAUCCUGACCCAAAUGGAACCCAUUCCCCAGAACGCCAUGGGCAAACCCAAUGCGAAUGAUGCCCAGGUGCUCAUGUGGCGGCCCAGAAGGGGAACGCCAUUGGUUGUGAUCCCCUCAAAGUAGCUGGUUCAGGAAAAAGUAAGUGUGGAUAGAGGCUAUUCCUUUCCACUGGGUUGAUUUUUGACUCAACCCUUUUCAGGAAAUAUAUCUACAGCAGGGCAAGAGGAAUGUGACAGCUGUUGGUGAUGUAAUGUGCGCCCCAGCUCGAUUUGUAAGGCCUUGCCCACGCUAAUAUGGAUCAAUUUGAAAAUGUAUAAGUUGUUUCUGUUGCUGUUUUGGCCUUCCAUCAUUCCAUUUUCACAUUUGAAUGUCAAUAUUGUGCUGUCUGAUUUGAUCACAAUUUCACAAUUGAGCAAAGUGAUGUCAGGAAGAAGGAAUUUCUAUUAACUGCUGAUCACAGUGAUGUUACCAACCGUUAGUGAUUUACCAAUCUUUUACUAAAUACGUGUAUCAGCGCCGAUACUGGUCUCAACCUCUGGAUUGGCAAUAGAUUGGAUCUGACAUACACUAUAUGACCAAAAGUAUGUAGACACCUGACCAUCCCAUUCCAGAUUUAUUCCCCUGUGUUUGCUGUUAUAAUAAGCUCCACUCUUCUGGGAAGUCUUUCCACUAGAUGUUGGAGCGUGGCUGUGGGGAUUUGUGUUCAUUCAGCUACAAGAGCAUUAGUGAGAUCAGGCACUGAUGUUGGUGAGGAGGUCUGGGGUUCAGUCGGUGUUCCAGCUCAUCCCAAAGGUGUUCAGUGGGGUUGAGGUCAGGUUUCUGUGCAGGACACUCUUCCACUCAGUUCUUCCACUCCAACCUUCAUACACCAUGUCUUCAUGGAGCUCGCUUCAUGCAUAGGGGCAUUGUCAUGCUGGAACAGGUUUGGGCCCCUUAGUUCCAGUGAAGGGAAAUUGUAAUGCGACAGCAUACAAAGACAUUCUAUACAAUUGUGUUCUUCCACCUUUGUGGCAACAGUUUGGAAAAGAACCAUUUUAUGGGUGGAUGGUGGAUAAAUGGAUGGUCACGGGUGUACAUACAUUUGGCCAUAUAGUGUGUUUUCCACUCUACUGAUAUUUUACACCAUAAACAUACAUUAUGUUGAUUGACACAAUGCAGGUCUUGCAUACAGGACAGCGAUGGGAGUAGUGUGUUACUAUUGAGAAUAUGAUGGAUGACAGAACCAGGGUGUGGUAGGUCCUGCUGAAAGAGGCGGAUGGGAGUUUGUGCUAAUCCUCCUGGCUCAGGUAGAAUGUGCAGGCAUUUUUCAGAUGUACUCAAGUGGCCCAAUAGAACAGCAUUCGCCCUCUCAUCAGGAGAUCUUACGUCUGAAUCUCAUCAGUGCCACAGCCAUUUGUGGCCAGGAGCAGAACUGACCAUGCUGUCUGAGUGCUAGGGAUGGAAUACUCUCUCUCGGCUCUGAAUCGGAGUAACAUUAGCCAAAUGGGGGUGUCUGUGAGCUCAUAUAUGCAGAAGAGGGUAGAUAGCGCUUUCCUCCAUGUGUUCAACUGCCUGUGAUGUAGCAUGAGCAGCAGUUAGAAAAGAUGUGGUGGCUUAACAUGUCUUGGAAGAAGCCAAAGCUAGCCUUCAGCCUCCCUGGUUGGUAGCUGUUGUAUGAUAGUCAAGAGCUAGCUAGUGGGUAGGAAUGGGCAAAUGCCCAAAAUGGGAGAAAAUUGAGUUUAAAAAAAAACAGUUAGAAGAAAAGCUUUUUUAAAAAAAUAAAAAAUGUAAAAGUAGAUGCAAAACUUUCCGAUCCCCAAAGCAAAGCUUUCAAAUGUAUCCAUAUUAGUGUGGCAACCUUUCCAGCUUUCUGGGGCCAAACUUUCUAGAACCACAGACAGGACCACUUGCCUUAAUUCCACACUACUGCCUUUGACUGGACGGAGGGGGCCAAUGGGGCACUGAAACGCAACAUACGGACCGGCGAGCCGCCUUAAAACCAGCUCACAGCUGGAGUACCAGAGACAGAAUGGGAAUGUGAUACCUAAUGUGGGAGUUGUUAAGAAAAAGGAUUGAUGAGUUGAGUUUUGAGGUUUGGGUCUCACUGGUGGUACAACUUCAUGACAGAAUUUAACGAUUUGUAUUAGAACAAAUUUUUCAAUACCCUUCUUGGUUUAAAAUGAUAAUAAGUUGAAGAGAAGCAGUGAUGGAAAGCAUACAGGAUGGGGUUAGAUGGAGACAUUUAAAAAUCUUGCGCUCUAGGCCAAACUUUACACAUAAGUCUUUCAUCCAGUAAAAUUAUGAUAUUGUAACUGAGAGGAAAGCACUAUACUCCUUUUCGACACUGUUUCGGUGCUGUUCAGGAAAACCAGCAAAACCUUUUUAAGACAGUCCACAUUUCCACCGGUUUGAGAGCUGAGCAGUUACGUACUUGGCUGUGCGAGUUUCCGAAGUAAAAGCAAUCACCAUAAAAGAUUGUACUAUGAAAGUUUUAUAUAUGGCUUUGAGGACAUACGUUUCAUACAGCACUGACAUACACUUAGUUAAAUGGUUGUUUCCUUCUUAGACCACUAAGUCAUGGUUUCAAUUGUUUUAUUUUUCUUUAGAAUCCCUGCAAUUUGUCAGUUUUAUUUUAGCGUGCGUGGCUGUUAUAGUGACAAAACUACACAGACCUGCCAACUUUCACGUGUUCAACCUUCGCCCCAAAAGCAGUAGAUGAAGCAAUCGAUAUAUGAAUCUGGAAUGAUUGACAGACACCCCUGGAAGCCCCGCCCCCUUCCACCCAUCUCACAAUAAGUAAAGUUUUGGCCGGUGCUCACUUCUCGACUCGAUUUUCCCACCAGAAAGACGUACUGAUGUAGCACCCCGAUUUCUGUAAAGGAAAAUGGAGAACGUUUAAUUUUUAUUUCACAUUAAGUUCAUUAAUGCGAAAUAAAAUUUAUCAAUGUAUGUUUCACUUAGCUAACUUUAGACAAGUAUAUAGUCAACAUCAGUUAUUAGGGACACACUGAAAUUUCAGCCAAUGAAAGAGGGGGAAAAAAAGGCUGAAAAUUUUGACUGAAAAAGAAAAAAAACCCAAAAAUGUCAGCCAUGUGGAAGCAUUUCACAGUUAGACAACAGAUUGUGAAAGGACUACAUUAAGAAAUGUAUUGUAUGUUGUUUUUUUUUAAACUAGUUACUGCGUUUUUACUUUCCUUCUGCAUUCCCUUUCCCAGAAUUACUCAUUAUUACUCUUCAGGGUUGGCAGGUCUGAUUACGCUGCCCCAAGCCCCAGGUCUCAGUUCCACAAGAGCAGCAGUUUGGUUUAUUUUGCAAGCUAAGAACCAGAGAUUUUGUGGUGGAAAAGCGCUGAAGGUUAACUGAUCGGCUACCAGCACCUUGUUGUUGUAAAAUAUCUCAGAGCGCAAACAACUUCCAACUUUAUUAGAGGUCAGAGGUCAGUAUUUAUUCAGUUCCUCAACACCCAGGUGUGAGAGUCUGUGUAGAAUAAUUACUCCUAGAAAGGAAUGUGUGCUGCUUCAGUAUUGAUUCAAGAGAGCGAGAGGGAAAAAAGGCAGCGCUCAAGCUCUUUCACCUGAGAGAGAAUGAAUACAAACAGCAAAUCCCAGUGCUGCUCAUUAGUGAGACAGGAACCAUUCCUACACUGACACACACACACACACACUCACAAAUGGAUGUGUGCAUAAAUACACACACACACACACACACACACACACACACACAAAUGGAUGUGUGCACAAAUACACACACACUCACAAAUGGAUGUGUGCACAAAUACUCAGACAUAUCGCACACACGCACGCACAGACACACACACACACACACACAAGCACACAGGUAUAGAAUCACGGUAAUGAAUCAAUGCAUCCUAGUGGUUUUAUUUAACACAGUGCUUUGAUUGCUUUCAGUUGUUAAAUUUGGCUUUUAUAAAUUUAUAAAUUCAUGAUUUAAAUCAUAUUUUAAUCCUCACAGCAACGAGAAGAUGAGCGAGAAAUGUUACAGUAGUGGACAGUUUAAUUGCCCUCCUCUGCAUGUUGAAUUACCGGUACCUUUUUAAUGUAAAAGGACAAAAGUUUGUACACCCAGAGGACAAACAAGUUUUGGCAUAAUUUUGUUUUAUACAGUUGCACAUCUGGACAUUUCAUUUUUAACUUAUUGGAUUUUUAUGCGUUUGUUUUCAACCUAUUUACAAAAAAAACCACGCUUUUGCAUUCUGUACUGUACCUGAAAAAAUCUUAUCUUAUUAUGAACCAAGCCACAAGCACACAAGAAAAACAUUAAGAAAACAAAAAACAAUCAUCUCCAAAACAUUACAUAUUAUAACAUUUUAGAGAAUUGUCCGCAGCAUGAAAGAAAAUUCUCGUAUGUGUGCUAGAAGAAAUAAAACCAUACUUAAACACGCAGUCACUCCAAAAAAAAAAAAAAAGUUAUGCAGCAACUAGCCUAUUUCCACGUCAUACAUGCAGUUAUUCGAGAUUUCUGUUUAAAAUAUAAUACAUGUUCAAAAUAUUAGAAGAUUUUGCAUAUUUGCAUAAUGGCAUAUUCUUAUUAUAAUCUAUCCUGAGCAAAAUUAAGCUUAUUGUAAACAGUAACAUACAUUAACAUUUAAUAUAAAAGUUUAGUCAUAUUAUGGGUCGAGUGCCAUGAGCAGUGCAUGUGUCUCAAGAUUAACAGGGAAAAAUGUAUGCAUCUUGUUGAACUUGAUCAAUAUGGUGUGUAAGGUGAUUUCAAAAAGCAAGUAGUAAAACAAGUAGAACUUGACACCAAUGGCCUCCACG